UUACUACAGUUACAGUAUAAGAGUGACUAGCAUCUACCUCUCUCGUUCAAGCUAACACGCUACGGAAUUGCUCGACGUUGUAGCACCGAGAAGCCCCAUUCUGAAAGAUGGCUGACACAAAUCAACAACCCCCCCCUGCCCAGCUUGGGCCUGUGCAAUUUCUAAUGAGCAACAAGCUGGAAACGGCCAUGUGGCUUUCUCGUCUCUUCACAGUCUACUGCUCAGUUAUGUUCAUCCUACCGGUCUUGGGUCUAUGGGCCCCAGCAGCCUGAUGUUCAUCAGAAACCUUCUGGACAAACUAUCGGCCAACCAGCAAAACAUACUGAAGUUCAUUGCCUGUAAUGAGAUUUUCUUAAUGCCUGCUACUGUCUUCAUGCUCUUCAGUGGUCAGGGAAGCCUGUUGCUGCCCUUUAUUUAUUACCGAUUCCUCACCCUCCGCUACACAUCCAGAAGAAAUCCAUACUGCCGCACCCUGUUCACAGAGCUGCGGAUUCUUCUGGAGCACUUCAUCAUGAAGCCCGCCUGCCCCGCCUUCUUCAGGAGGAUGUGCCUCAGCAGCAUCGCCUUCAUCAGCCGCCUGGCUCCCACCGGAGUCUGAUCUCUCUUAGUUUUCCUCUCUCUCGUUUUCUUCCUGUUUUUAUUUUCCAGCUAUGUAAGAUAUGACUUAAACUGUGAUGGGGACAGACUUUGCCAUCAGUGGAAGAACUUUGUGUUGAAUGUCAACGUUACAGUCUGAGCUCCGACUCUUCUGUAUUCCUGAGUACAGCUGAAGAAGAGCCGGUAAAGCACUGAAUCUCACUGAAUAUCCCGGUGACGCUUCUCCUCCUGACCUGCUAGUGUGGCCUCACUCAGACGGCGGAUGCUCUGACUUUUUUACGUUCACCGAAGAGCACGGCUGACGUCUGCGGCAGUCUGUGUUUCGGCAGUUUUUGUUCUUCCUUUCAUGUCAUUAUUUAUUCAUUUAAUAGUUUAUUUUAUGAAAAAAAUUAACAUUCUGAGAUUAAUAACUUAACUAAAAUGUGCUUCUACAUAAUUGUCUUCAUGUCCUUUCUCUUUAAAAUUUCACUUAAUCAUUUCUGUUCCCCACAGCAUCUGUUAUAAUUUGUCUAAAUGCCUGACUUUGAAUGUUUUUUUGUUUGUUUAGUUUUAUUUUUUUGUAUCGAUGCCAUCACCGGAUUCUUUCUAAAAGUACAGACUUAUGUACCUGUGAUUCAAAUAGGUGUUAAACUGCGAAAAUAUUUGCUGUAUUUUUAAAAACAUUUUAAGGUACCAGACAUUCUGCUGUAUGAUCCAGAUUUGAAAUGAUUUGCACAGUGCAUGUCAUCCUUCUGAAUGCAUCUUGAAAUUGUUUUUCAGUUAAAGAGCAGUUUUAAAUUUAUGUUCAUUUAUUUUGCUCCAUAUUGCCUGUUUAAUGCUCACUCUUUUUUUUUGUUUUUUAUCAUGUUUAAUGUGCUUAUAUGCCUACAAACGUACCACAUUUUUAUGGCAAGAAUAAAAAUAUUAAGUAAACCAG